AUGGACUUUCGAGAUCUCGCAGCCGUUCGAGGCUUUGCAACCUACAGUCUCCGCCAUCCCCUUGAGGCUCUCUCGAGCUUCGGUCCGACCCUCAAUGAAACCACAUUUGGCACCCUUGGGGCCUCGUUCUCACCGGAGCGCGACAUCCGCAGUCUAGAGGACAAGGUUGUCCUUGUAACAGGAGGUAUAGGCAAGGAGACAAUCCUCCAGCUCGCCAAGCACCGCCCAUCGCGCAUCUACAUGGCCGCCCGCACGGAGAGUAAAGCGCGCGAAUCAAUUGCUUCACUGCACAGCCAGCUCCCCUCCGCCGACAUCCGGUUCCUCUCUCUCGAUCUGUCCUCCUUUGCCUCCAUUCGCGCUGCCGCGCGGGCCUUCCAGUCGGAUAGCGAUCGUCUGGACAUUUUGAUUCUGAAUGCGGGGACAAUGGGGAAUCCGCCCACGAAGACGGCGGAGGGGUUCGAGGUCCAGCUCGGCACCAAUCACAUUGGACAUUUCUUGUUCACGAAACUGCUUGUGCCGACUCUGUUGAAAACCGUGGAGAUCCAGCGCGCCAAGGAGGAGGAUCCGGAUGUCAGGGUGGUCACUGUCGCGUCGGCCGCCCACGCCGUUGGGCCUUCCUCCUUUGAGGAAUUGACAUCUACGCCUUCGUUGCUACGCGCGAGCACCUGGACCCGUUACGGCGCGUCGAAAUCAGCAAAUAUUCUCUUUGCUGCUGAGCUUGCUCGUCGGCACCCAGACCUUACAUCGGUGGCUGUGCAUCCUGGAGCCGUGGACAGCGCACUUUAUGGACAUACCAAGGACCAGAGCUCGAUGAUGAACUUCUCUUUAAAUGUUCUUGGGUCUAUGAUGUUCCGAACCGUUGCUACCGGGGCUCUCACGUCGCUCUGGGCGGCUGGCUCGCCGAAAGAACACCUUGAGAGCGGAGCUUACUAUACUCCCGUUGGAUAUCGCAGUAAUGGUACUGCAGUUGUUCAAAAUGCCGAACUUGCUAAAAGGUUAUGGGACUGGACAGAAACGCAGGUUGCGGGAAAAUGCUGA